AUGCAACAGGCGAGUGGAACGAUCGAGAAGGAAGUGACAGGAGGAGAGUUGGGGAGCAUGGUAAUGGAAGAGGAUUACCUUUACGAAACUAUGGAUCCAGCCGGUGGAGCACCUAUUGAACGGGGUCAAACAACUGCUGAUGAUGGUUAUAGUGAUGGGCCACCGGUUUGCGAAGUUUAUGAAACUAUCGAUGAAAGCAGCGGUAUUAAUCCUUCAUUAGAAAGCAGUGCGGGAUCGUAUGAUGCAUAUCGUCCUGGAUCAUCGUUCGCUACUCGUGCAACCCUUCCUCCACACGCUAAAGUGAUGAUGUUGAUGAAAUCAAACACACCGGGAGAGAAGCCAAGGCUGGUGAAACUGGAGCCUGUGGAAAAUCCCUCAAAACCUGAUUUUCGAUUUGCUUUUGAGACGCUGCGAAAAUGUGUGAAGAAAAGCACUCCACUACAGGUUCCACGUACUCGCAAACGACGAAUUAUUCAGCCUGUAAUGAAAAAAAAUAAGAGCGCUGUCAACCCUGGAGAAUCUAGACAAAUGAAUGCACGGAGCGGACGAAAAGACCUGAAGUCAGAACCUACUAGUGAUGAUGAAAGUAUUGAGAGUGAACGAAAUAGAAGGCCUAGACGUGCUCAUAAAGCUCCACAGCGAUAUGGAGAUUAUAUCGAUGAGACGAAUCAGGAUGCUGCACGCCUAAAUCUAGCUGAUAUUCAGGGUUUUGAACCAGAAGCCGAGGAGUCAGGACAAGGAGAAACAUCGCGAAGAAGCCAUUCAACUAACAUGCGAAAGAGAAGUUUUGAUGGAAAUUUGUCGGAAGGGCAGGAAGAAACAAAUGAAGAAGGUGAAGAUGAUAAUGAAAAUGAGUUCUUCGAAGACGAAGAGAUGGUUGAUGUAGAAGGACGUGAAGAAGAGGAAAGGCUUAAUGAAACUGCCGAGGAAAAUAUAAAGAAGGAUGGAAAUCAAAAAUCUGCAGGUGGGCAAAAAAGAAAGCUGCAAUGCGAUCGUUGUAAUCGUUACUUCGCUAAUCACAAUAGCAUGAAUGCUCAUCGUUUCAAAGUACAUCGAGUUGUCAUACGUGCUUCCGUCAAAUGUCCAGGUUGUGAGCAUCGUGCCACAACAAUCCAUACGUUGAAUGAGCAUGUGGCUGACGAACACGGUGUCAAACUGCAGUACGUCAAAAGAAAAUUCAAAAGCACUGGAGAAUUUCAGAAUUAUUUGGACGAUUUAGCUGUGACUCGAAAUAUGGGAUUUGUUUUGCAUAGGAAGUCAGAAAAUAAACGACAAUUAUAUUGCAAUCGUUCUGGAGCAAUAAGAGUCAGCAAAGGAGGUUCGUUGCGUAAUCGCCCCCGAAAAGGGACUGCCAAAAUUGGUGCAAUGUGUCCUGCUCAUUUGUUUUAUACAGAAUGUGACGAUGGGUCUAUCGAAGUAAACGGACAAUUGACCCAUUUUGGUCAUGCACUAGAUCCUAGGUUUGUUUUUCCAGCUACCAGUUCUGAGAAGGUAUCUGCGCGUGUUAGGCUUACACGCCCUAAAAGAGAUAUGCUGCGCAGAAGUGUUCCAGUGGAUCUCCAAGAUCAUAGCAAAAGCGCAGGAAGCGAUGAUGGUAGUUUCGUCAAUGUUGAUAAUGAUAAUACGAAUGGAUUUGAUGAAAGCAGAGGGCGUCACAGAGGGGAAAAUGAAAUUGUACUGGAACAGCGGUACGGGCCACUGCAUCCAAAUUCGGAUGAAAUUGAUAUAAGGAUGAAAAAUAUUGAUCGACUUUGUUCGUUUUUAUUUGACAAUGUGUCGGAGCAACUUUAUCGUUUGAAUGAUGAAACGAUGGAUAUGGUGUUGAGGGCACUUCGUACAACGCAGAAUUCAAUUUCAAAUUUGAAUAGUAUGAUGAUACAAAUUAAAGAGGGUGACCCUGAUGUUGUGCAAAAAUUUCAACGUCGUGGACCAGGCUCACGUUAUGCGCAGUGGUUGCCGUCGUUUGCAAAUAUGCCAGAGAGAGUACGCACAGAAUCGACAAGCAGUCGGCAGCAACGACGGCAGAUGUAUGACACAGAAGAUUACGAUGAAGAUACAGUAUAUUACAGACAUGUACCAUUGCGUACCACUGAUGAGUACGAAAAUGUUUACGUUGUGGACGAGGGUCAGGUUGAAACAGGUGGAGAAGUGGAAACAGGUGAAGAAUAUUACGAAACCUAUUGA